GAAGGCUUCAGAACUGGAAUCUUUUCUUUCAUUUUACCUGUGGGAUUGCUAAUGGUUUCAUGUUGCAAUUGGUCAGUUCAUAAAAUCUAGCUGUUGUCUUUUACGGAAGGUCUCCAGUUCGAUCCUUUUCUGAAUGGGAUCCCUUUCCCAGCGAUGGAGCUUGAGCGGCAAGAGCGCCCUCGUCACGGGAGGAACACGGGGAAUCGGGCGAGCGGUUGUGGAGGAGCUUGCGGGCCUUGGAGCUUCCGUGUAUACAUGCUCGCGCUCCGGGCAGAGCUUGAGCGAGCGGCUCCAGGAGUGGCGCCAAUCCAACCUCGACGUCCAUGGCUCCACUUGUGAUCUCUCCAACCCCAGCGAGAGAGAAGCACUCAUGGGCCUUGUGUCCCAACACUUUGGUGGAAAGCUCGACAUUCUUGUAAACAACGUUGGAACCAACGUAAGAAAGCCUACGCUGGAGUACACUGGCGAGGACGUCUCCACGGUUUUCUCCACAAACUUCGACUCCGCCUUUCACACAUCGCAAUUGGCUCACCCAUUGCUCAAAGCCGCUGGAAACUCCAGCCUGGUUUUCAUCUCCUCGGUGGCCGGAGUGGUGGCCAUCUCCACGGGCGUACUCUACGCAGCCACCAAAGGUGCCAUGAAUCAAAUCACCAAGAACUUGGCGUGUGACUGGGCUCAAGAUGGGAUCCGUGUCAAUGCAGUGGCCCCAUGGUACAUCAAAACUGAUCUUGCGCAACAGGUUCUGGGCAGGCCCGGCUACGAAGCUGCGGUGGUGGAUCGAACGCCCGCGGGACGAGUCGGGGAACCCCACGAAGUCUCCGCGGUUGUAGCGUUCCUGGCAAUGCCAGCGUCUUCCUACGUUUCCGGGCAAGUGAUCAGCGUUGACGGUGGCUUCACUGUCUAUGGAUUCUCGCCUCCAAAAUCGUGAUAGAGAAUUCCUGGAUUAGAUCAUCAAGGAAGAGCGAAAAUGUUAAAGAUGGACGAAAGUCCUUUGCUGGGUUGACCGAAUGGGUUGACCCGGUCAAACUGCCCAGUCAAGCGUCAGCAUCUUGUCACUGCUGGAUCA